GACUCUAACAGGAUCCCGACUGAAGCUUCCAGCAAAAACAACCAAAAGAGACCCUGGUGCAAGAAAAUCCACACAAAAAAAAAUGCCAGCUCAGGAAAAUUGCAGUUCUCAGGGCCCAGUAGCUGGAGUGUUCCUUGAACAUUCAAAUGAAACAAUUACAAUAUACCAAGCCUUCAAGAAGCGCUUGUUGAAGCCAGGAACAUAUCUUGCACUGUUAGAAGCUCAAGCUGCAACAGGAGGAAUCAUCGACCCUGUCAAAAACAGGGCAUGGUCUGUAGAAGAUGCAGUAAAGGAAGGCAUUGUGGGACGUGAAAUGAAAGAGAAACUUCAAUUAGCUGAGAGGGCCAUCACAGGCUACACAGAUCCAUACACCAACCAACAAAUCUCACUCUUCCAGGCCAUGCAAAAAGAUGUAAUCCCAAGAGAAUAUGGCAUUAGAUUACUUGAGGCACAGAUCUCUACCAAAGGGAUCUAUGACCCUAUUGAAAAAUGCUACCUAAUAGAAGAACAAGCCUUUGGGAAAGGUCACUAUGACAAAGAUCUUUUUAGAGACCAGGUGGAUGCUCUAAAAGUAUUAUAUGAUCCAAACUCUCAAGAAAACCUCACCUAUGCAUCCUUGAUAAAGAAAUGCACUGUAGCCCCAGAAACAGGUUUGCUGCUGCUCCCGAUUUACAUCACAUUUAAAGGUCUUCGCAGAGGUGUAACCUCCGCUGAGCUUCUGGCAUCAAAAAUAAUUGACCAACAGACAUUUGAAGAUCUGCAUAAGGGUAAAACCACCACCCAGGACGUGAUGUUAAUGGAAACAGUGAAAGAAUAUCUAGAAGGUAAAAAGAGCAUUGGGGGAGUAGCUAUGCUCUCUACGAACAAGAAAAUGGGCAUCUAUCAGGCAAUGAGACAAGGAAUAAUCAUGCCUGGUUCUGCUUUGAUUCUGCUGGAAGCCCAGGCUGCAACUGGAUCCAUGAUUGACCCUGUUGAAAACAAGACAUACAGUGUAGAUGAAGCCAUUAAACAAAAACUUGUAGGGCCAGAGUGCCAUGCAAAAUUGCUCGCAGCAGAACGUGCAGUGACUGGUUACAAGGAUCCAUACACUGGUGAAACCAUUUCUCUUUUUCAAGCUCUGAAGAAGGAACUGAUUGUGAAGGAGCAUGGGAUCCGAUUGCUUGAGGCACAAAUUGCGACUGGUGGAAUUAUCGAUCCAAUAAACAGUCACAGAGUUCCUGUGGAUGUAGCAUACAAGCGUGGCUUCUUCGAUGAGGAAAUGAAUGCCAUCCUUGAGGAUUCUGGAGAUGACACUAAAGGUUUCUUUGACCCAAACACAAACGAUAAUCUGACAUAUCUGCAACUGCUGGAUCAUUGUGUCAUCGACCCCUCUACGGGACUCACAUUAUUGCCCAUUCAGGAUCCAUCCAGCAGUCUGAAUCACACAUUCAUUGGCUAUGACAUCAAAAAAGUCUUCAAGGGUGUCAUGGUAAAAGUGACAUGUGGAAAAUACAUGGGAAUGACUGUUUCGCUCUGGGAAUUACUUAUGUCUGAAUAUUUCACAGAACAGCAAAGGCAAGACUUUAUCCAGAAAUACAGAAACAAAACACUCACAAUUGAAAUUAUAGUCACCAAAGUUCUAGAGAUCAUUGAACAUUCAGUGAAAACAGCUAAUGCAGUUUUUAAAGGUAUAAGGGAAAAAGUAACUGCAAACCAGCUCGCCGAGGCUGACAUCAUCACAGAGCAUGAUCUAGAGGAUCUCAGAGGAGGAAAAAAGACGGUAAAAGAUGUUAUAGAGAAUGAAUCUGUGCAAAUAUACCUACAAGGUAAACCAAGCAUUGCUGGUGUGCUGCUUCCUGACUCCCAAAUAAUGUCAAUCUACCAAGCCAGACAAAAAGGAAUUCUGAGGCCAGGAACAUCACUUGUUCUUCUUGAAGCCCAGGCUGCAACAGGAUUCAUAAUUGACCCAAUUGCUAAUCGAAAGUUUUCUGUAGAUGAUGCAGUGAAGGCACGAGUGGUAGGGGCUGAUCUUCAUGCAAAAUUAAGCUCCGCAAAGAAGGCAGUGACAGGUUACCAAGAUCCUUACACUGGCAAGAAAAUCUCACUGUUCCAAGCAAUGCAGAAAGAUUUAAUUGUGAAAGAUCAUGGUAUACGUCUGCUAGAGGCCCAGAUUGCCACAGGGGGCAUUAUUGAUCCUGUAAAUAGCCAUCGCAUUCCUGUUCAUAUUGCUUAUAAACGAGGAUAUUUUGAUACCGAAAUGAAUCAGAUCCUUUGCGAUCCAACUGAUGACACAAAAGGAUUCUUUGACCCAAACACUCAUGAAAACCUUACUUAUAUGCAGCUUAUGUCCAGAUGUGUCACUGACCAAAGCACAGGCCUUUGCCUCUUGACAAUCAAAGGAAACGACAAGAGAGUCAAAAUAGGAGGCAGCAUUAAAGAGGUGUUCCAUACCACAUAUGUCUCUGUGAGAUACGGCAGAUUCAGCAACAAGAAAGUGACACUCUGGGAUCUCAUCAACUCUGAAUAUUUGUCUGAGGAGAAAAGGCAGGAGCUGUUAAAGUGUUACAAGUCCAAAACAAUCACAAUAGAAGAAAUCAUAACAAUUAUUUUAGAGAUCAUUGAGAGCAAGGAAGUACAAAGAAAUGCUGACCUCAGUGUAGAUGGUCUCAGGGGAAAAGUCUCCAUUUUGGAGCUGCUGAAUUCGGCAAUAAUAGAUGAAAAAACAUACAAAAAUGUGCUUGAAGGGAAGCUAACAAUCAAAGACCUCACUGAGAUGGGCACUGUGAGGAACUUCCUUAGUGGAACAAGCUGUAUAGCAGGUGUAUUAUUACAAAAGUCAAAUCAGAAAAUGAGCAUCUACCAAGCCAAAAAAGAGGGCUAUCUGACCCCUGGCACUGCCUUGUGUCUUCUUGAAGCACAGGCUGCCACUGGUUUUAUUAUUGAUCCAAUACAAGACAAGAAACUCACUGUUGAGGAGGCCUUGAAGCAGAAAGUCAUUGUUCCAGAGUUGUAUGAAAAAGUCCUGGCUGCUGAGAAAGCAGUGACUGGUUACAAAGACCCAUACACUGGCAAGACAAUAUCACUUUUCGAAGCCAUCAAGAAAGACCUUAUUGUAAAGCAGCAUGGCAUACGUCUGCUUGAAGCCCAGAUUGCUACAGGUGGCAUCAUUGAUCCCUUAACAGGUUUACAUUUACCACUCGAAGUUGCUUUCAAAAAGGGUUAUUUUGAUGCUGACUUAAACAAGAUCCUUGCUGAUCAAAGUGAUGACACUAAAGGAUUUUUUGCUCCCACCACACAAGAAAAUCUGACCUACAUGGAAAUGUUGGCACGAUGCAUCAAGGACCCCGAUACUGGUCUCUUCCUGCUUCCAGUUGCUGAAGAAGGGAAAACACAAGAAAAAUCACAAAAAAUUCUCUCAGAUGUUGAGAUUAAGGAAGAAUUUGAGAAAAACAGUGUUGUUGUUCCUGUUGGCCAUUUCUCUGGAAAAUCACUGUCUCUUUGGGAAGUAAUACAUUCUGUAUACUUCACAGAUGAACAAAGGCAGCAGUACCUUGAACAAUAUUGUUUGGGCAAGAUACAUAUCAAGGAUGUUGUCAGCAUAGUUACCAAAACUAUUCAAACAAUAGAAAAGAAAGAAGCUAAUUCUCAGACAACUAUGGGCCUGAGAAAACCUGUUUCUGUGCAACAGCUGCAUGACUCUGGAAUCAUUGACACCAAAACUUACAAUGAGCUGCAACAUGGUAAGGAGACACUUGAAAACAUGGUUAAACUUGAAUCUGUUCAAAGGUACUUGAAAGGCACUGGAAGCAUUGCUGGAGUAAAGCUUCAUCCAUCAGGAAAAGUGUUAAGUUUAUACAUGGCAAAAACUGAAGGAUUACUCACUUCCGAUGCAGCACUGUUGUUGCUUGAGGCUCAGGCAGCAACUGGAUAUGUUAUCGAUCCAAUCCAAAACACACAUCACACAGUCAUGGAGGCUGCCAGAGCUCAGCUUAUUGGACCAGAGAUAUUAGAGCACUUACUAUUGGCUGAACGUGCUGUCACUGGCUUCACAGACCCAUACACAGAUGAGCAAAUAUGCUUAUUCGAAGCAAUGCAAAAAGGUCUCAUCCCUCAAAAACAUGGAUUGAACAUCUUAGAUGCACAGCUUGCCACAGGAGGAAUUAUUGAUCCAAUUGGCAGCUACAGGCUGCCUGUUCAGAAAGCAAUAAUGAAAGGAUGCUUGAAUAAUGAGACCAGUGAUCUUCUGGCAAAUCCUAUAAAUAGUGAAAAGGGGUUUUCAGACCCAGAAACAAAAGAACCUCUUACUUACCAUCAACUCAUGAAGAAAUGUGAAAGGAAUUCAACCACCAGCCUGCUGCUUCUCCCAGUAACUGAAAAGAGUGCUGAAACCUCAACCUACAGUGACAAAAAAUUAAUAAAGUUCUUUAAAGAAAAAUCAGUGAUCAUCAAUGCUGGUAAGUUUGCAGAUAAACGUGUAUCACUUUGGGAUGCACUACACUCAGAGUAUAUAUCUACAGAGAAAAGGGAAGAAUUACUUGACCAAUACAAACAAAAUAAACUAUCAAUAGAGGAGAUAACAGAAAUGGUGACAGCAAUGAUAAUUGAAGUAACCACAAAAAAGCAUUCUUUUAAAGGUCUUAGGAGACAAGUGUCAGCAAGUGAGCUAUUUGGGGCACAAAUCAUCUCAAAAGAAAUGAUGAGUAAGCUUAUCAAUGAGGAAGUAGAUGAUGAAGAUAUCAACAAAAUGGAAUCUAUUCAAAAAUAUCUUAGGGCAACAAACUGUAUAGCUGGUGUAUAUUUCCAGUCUACAAAACAGACCAUGAGCAUCUUCGAAGCCAAAAAUAAGGGACUUCUGACACCUGGAACAUCUCUGGUUUUGCUUGAGGCCCAAGCAGCCACUGGUUUUAUUAUUGACCCAGUGAGGAACAAAAAGCUUUCCGUAGAGCAGGCGGUGGCUGAAGGCGUUGUGGGGAUGGAAUGGAAAAGCAAACUGCUCUCUGCAGAACGAGCAGUCACUGGAUACAUGGACCCCUACACAGGCAAAACAAUCUCUUUGUUCCAGGCCUUGAAAAAAGAACUGAUCGUCAAGGACCACGGUAUUCGUCUGUUAGAAGCUCAGAUCGCCACUGGGGGCAUCAUUGAUCCUGUGCACAGCCAUCGUGUUCCUGUGGAGGUGGCUUACCAAAGAGGGUACUUUGAUGAGGAGAUGAACAAGGUCCUCUCCGAUCCAGAUGAUGACACCAAAGGUUUCUUUGAUCCUAACACACAAGAGAACCUCACAUACUUGCAACUUGUGGAGCGGUGUGUUAGAGACCCCAACACUGGCCUGAGCCUCCUUGUGAUUGCGAAAAAGGGCGAGUUCUACUUCUUCAUUGAUGAACAUACAAAGAAUAUCCUUAAAUCUACAACCACAAAGAAAGCGGGAGGUAAAUUCCAAGGACAGCUGGUGACACUCUGGGAUCUGCUGUACUCAAAUUACAUUUCUGAGGAAAAGAGGAGAGAACUGGUGCAGCAGUUUAAAUCAGGUACAAUAACUAUAGAACAGUUUUUAGAAAUAGUUCUGACAGUGGUAUCACAGAAAUCAGGAACAAGCACCCAAACCAUUACAACAAUAACAACAACAGAGACAACCCAAAAACAAAAUUUUCAAGGUAUCAGAAAGGACGUGAGUGCUGAUGAGUUGCUGCAAUCCAAAGUCAUUGAUGAGAAAAUGUACAAAGACCUAACUUCCGGAAAAGUCACAGUUGAUCAUGUAAGUGAAAUGGACUCUGUGCGAAAAUACUUGAAAGGAACAAAUAGCAUCGCUGGUGUAUUUGUGCAGUCUACCAAACAAACCAUGAACAUCUUCGAAGCCAAAAAUAAGGGACUUCUGACACCUGGAACAUCUCUGGUUUUGCUUGAGGCCCAGGCUGCCACUGGCUUUAUGAUUGACCCAGUGAAGAAUAAAAAGCUGUCAGUAGAACAGGCAGUGGCUGAAGGACUUGUUGGGGCAGAAUGGAAAAACAAACUGCUCUCUGCAGAACGGGCGGUCACUGGUUACACAGACCCUAACACAGGGAACAUAAUCUCCUUGUUCCAGGCCUUGAAAAAAGAUCUGAUCGUCAAGGACCACGGUAUUCGUCUGUUAGAAGCUCAGAUCGCCACUGGGGGCAUCAUUGAUCCUGUGCACAGCCAUCGUGUUCCUGUGGAGGUGGCUUACCAGAGAGGGUACUUUGAUGUGGAGAUGAACAAGGUCCUCUCCAAUCCAGAUGAUGACACCAAAGGUUUCUUUGAUCCCAACACACAAGAGAACCUCACAUACUUGCAACUUGUGGAGCGGUGUGUUAGAGACCCCAACACUGGCCUGAGUCUGCUUGCUUUAAAAAAGUAGAUUUAAGACUGGAUGCAAAAUGCCAUGCAAUAUAUUCUCACUUCAUUAACCACAAUCACACUGUUCUAUUUCUACUUAUGCCAAAUACAAAUCUGUAAAUGUGUAUCAGUUAACAUUCAUUUUCAGUGUGCAUUGCUUACAUUUUUAUAACAUACAUUUUCAGUUUUACAUUUUUAAACUGAAAUGUAGAAGCAUCAGUAAAAGCGCAAAUGCUAUUUGUUUAAAAAUGUAGUGUACUGAUAAAUUUUGUAUUUCAUCUUUUUAACUCAUGCUCUCUUGCUAUGUGUUCAAAACAAUUAAAAUAAUCACUCAGUUGCAAUAUGUCAGUUUAUUUGAUCAUUUUCAAGUCAGUAAUCUCUUUCAUUCUAAAUACUGUUUGGUAUGGCUUGUUUACAUUGUGAUAAAGUCAACAUUCAACAUUUAUUGC